ACCCGCAGCCGCAUCAUCGCAAUCAGACCCGCUUUUCGUCGGGAACGAAGCCUUCUCUUUCUUUUCUUGUUCUCCUUUUGGACGCGGAUUGAUAGCGCGACCUUUAUGCUCAGCAUGGCUAGGAAUCUUUCGGAAUCUGGUCGAACGCACAGCCGUUCACUUUGACUGGGUUCUCCCUAAUUAUUUCCCUUUUCGGAAAGCAACGUGGGCGCUUAUUUAUCCCUGCAUUGUUGCGCGCCACUCGUUGCGGUCCCGCGCGCCACCGAUAUAUAAGAAGCUCUUUUGUCUGCUCUGCUUGCUUGUUUAUCUCUUGCUUCAGUACAAUCAUCGCCCACAACGCGACACACGAUUAAUCACUGGUCCACUCCGAUCCUCAACUCACUUCGAGGCUGCAACGAUGCAGUUGCUCUACCACCUAAUCUUAUGGCUCUCGCAGCUCGCGUUUGUCACGACACCGAUACUCAACAGCCUUCCCUUUGACUUCACCAAGACUCUCUCCCCCGUCACCAACUUCAUCGGCCUCCUCUCCGGCGCUACAGAUUCUCUGCCCCUGCUCCCCAUCGCAGACUUCAUCCCGGUCCUCGACAUGUCCGGCUUUUGGUAUCAACGUUCGGACUUGACGGACUCGCUGUCGUUCCAGGUCGUGUUCAUCCCCACCAUGGCGGCCAUUGUUCUGGCUAUCGUGCUAAUCCUCUUCACUCACAUCGAUGAUGAAAGACUGGCGGAACUUUUUUUGGGGCGCAUUGAUGAACACCUCAGUACGAGGAUCGACGCCAUUCACAUUCAGGUGUCACGAAACGUCGCUGUCACCUCGCCCCACCACAGAACCCGUAAACCCUCGUCGCGUAAAGGCAACAGCAUCCCCCUACGCGUCGUCCACAUCUCUCGCGACGCGACGACGUGUCUGAACGAUUUCGAUGAUAAUGCACGCGAAUUGGAGCUCAAUGCCCUGGUUGGAUUCAAGACAUACGGCCAAAUUCCGUCGAGCGUAACAGCACCCAUCGAGAGCCUGGGCGAUCGCGAAUACUUCGAGGAACCUCUCGAGGAAUAUCAUGAUAUGGCUGCCGAGGUUGGAGACGUGGUAGUCAAUGUAUUGGUAUCUGGUGACCCCACUCGCGAUUCGACCCCGCCCCCGCCCUCGCCCUCGCUCUCGCCAAUGCCCUCGAUGAUCCCCACGCACGCCCCCAUCACGACCUCUUCGCACGAGACGGCCGUUCAGCAAAGCGAGGACUCAGGCUCGACACCUCCCACGCCAGACGAACCCGAGGACAGCUCUAUCCCCCCUUCCACAGCAUCCAGCACCCCAGGCUCCACUUCGUCCGACAUCAUCGCCAUCACCACGCCCGACCUUCCCAGGCCUUCGGCUCUCACGCCAGACUCGGUCGCCAAUCUCGACAACAUCGAUGCAGAUAAAUUGGACGCUCAGGACGUCGAUGCUUCCUCUCCUGGUGGGUAUGAGAUGGUGCACCGUGGAGGUGUCCCUUCGACAGGAAACCACGAGACCGACCGGCUGUACGACAUGCUCGAGCGCUCGGUGACAGCGAAGUCUCCUGCCCAUAACUCCUCCACGAGACUUCCUCCGCAAACACUUGCGACCGCCGUUGAUCCUAUGCCGAGGCCUGAGACCGCGUUGACGGGUAUGAAGAUUGACAUUGAGGCCCUGUUUGCAUCCGAAUCGGCAUCCGCAUCCCCUGUCGAUAAGCAACCCACAACUACGACCGACAACUCUUCAUCCACACUGUUCCCUGGCUUCCGCGGAUUUGAGGAUCGUUUCGCUUCAAGAGAGUCCGAGAAAGAUACCAGCGUAUCAUCCAAGGACACGCGCGUCCGCUCUGCAUACACGGAAAGCCCUCCUCAAACACAACAAGAGAACCCAUCCUCUGGCCGCGAUUCCGUGUUCCAGGCAUCGCCUGCUAGCGGCGCCUUACCCUCCGUCUCCUCCCCGUCUCGUUUCAGAAAGAUCGAUUUCGAGGAACCAUUCGCAUCUGUCCAUGACAGUGAGGUGAACAACAUUGACGGCAGCGAUGAAGACGACGCCUCGGAUGCACAACCCAUUGUGUAUCACCCCGUUUAUAUGAACGACCGUUCAAGACGCAUGUCUCUUCCAGACCUUCGAUCUGUCUUCCUGGCUCCGUUGGACGACACUGAAGACAGCGAAGUAGAGGAAACCACGGACGCACCCCGUCCCGUCAAUAGGGUCGAGUUUCGAAGACGGACGCCUCCUGAUUUUCGAUCAGACUUCUUCUAUGAGCGCAGGCGAUCUGACUCGCCCCUGUCCGACCAUUGCCCUACUGUCGAAUCUUCCCCUGUUGGACCCAUUUCAGCAGACGAAGCGGACGAAAUCUUAUCAAAGCUUCUGCCUGCCCGGCAGAUUGCCUAUGACGCAGAUGAAUCCGACUUCGACGAAGACGACGACGGCGACGGCGACGCAGACGACUGGGACUUCCACCCAAAGUCGAACGCUACGACUCCUGCCAUCUCUUCGGCUCCAGCUUCGACAAUUCCAACUGCUCUCUCUUCAGCUCCAGCCCCAAUAGCUCCAACUUCCCUCUUGCCAACACUCCCUGCCCGUCCCCCACGCCCAAGAGUCCCUUACGCACCGCUCAAGAAACCUGGUACCUACCGCGAGCUCUGGGACGCUGCUCACGCUGCCCAUUCCAAAGGCCAGAAUUGGCUCGCCGCGAGACUUCUUCCGGAACGGUUCCCGAUGUUCUGGAGUCCGACUGCGAGGUCGUGGGCGGACGAGGUGGAGGAGGAUAUGUUCAGAGAGGCGUUAGAUGCGAAGCUGAUUGGUGAAGGCGGACGAGCUCGGACGGCCGAAGAACUAGCAAGUCCUCGGGCGGACGAGGUAGAGGAGGAUAUGCCGAGAGAGGCAUUCGAGGUCCUCGAUAGCCUGGCUCAAGAUCAGGGCUCGAUACGAUAUUACCAGGUCGACGAAGUUCUUCCUCCAGCGCUCUGUUCAAGACUUGCAUCCGUCCACCGGUUCAUCACCGAAUAUCACUUCGUGGCCGAUGCCGAUUUGGACUAUCGCGCAGGCCUGUCGGGCAGAUCUACCAGCAGACGGGGGACGCCCUGGUUGCUGCUAGAUCUGCCCGACUAUAAGUCCAAGGAUCGCGACAAUUCAAAGGGGAUAUUGUGA